CUUGUUAACGUUGUUGACCUGUACAUCUUGAUGGCACAUCUCACACACGUGUCGUAGAAAUCUCCGCCGCGUGGAGUGGCGCGUGUACAUCCAGCAGUUCCUUAAGCCCAAAAACAAAAAAUCUCUGUGCUUCCCAUUCUCCAUCUCGAAAUCCCAAUUCAAUCGUCCCUCAAAUUACCCUAAUUUCUGGUUUUCUUCUCACCAAAUUCUCACAAACCUCUACGAAAUCCUCAAUCUCUUGUUCCGGAAAGCGGAAAAACUUGAGUUUUCGGAGGUUAUAUGAAAUUUGUUUUUGGAAUCACCAUUUGUGGAUUCAAUGGAUCGAGAGGAGAGUAAUUUGUCGCUAGCAGAAUACAAACCGUUCAAUUACAGGGUAGUGAAUGGUUCAGGUAAUAUUCAUCAUCAAACGACGUCAGGUUGGCUCGAAAUUCGGCUGUUCUACGUCCGAAUCACGCCGUGCGCCGUGAACACCGUGCCGGAACAUUUAACGCUGCGGAACCUACGCCGUGAAAUCGGCGUGUCACUCGAGAUUAAUGGAUUUAGGGUUCCGUCAGCUAACACUGCUUUAGUAACGUUACGAAGGGACCGCGUCGACAAGGAGUCGUCGGAAGUGACGUAUGUUAGCACCGAUAAUAUUAGGGUCACUGGGGCGAUUGAAUUUGAGGUGAUUGAAAACGAAGGAGAUGACAGGGAGAUGAUCUUGUGUGGGUCUUUGGAGAGGAUUGAACCAACUUGGAGCAAUGGGAGUUUAGAUAACGGCAAUACUCAUGCUCAUCAUCAUCACAAUCACAAUAACAACGGAUCAAAAACAGGUUGGAGUAUGGAUUUCUACGCUGCAAAUUUGUCAAAGUUUGGUACUUCUUCCCCGUCGAUCGAAGUUUACAUUGCAGGAUGUUGCUCCUCUGUACCAGUCAUAUUGACCAAAACUAUUCAAGUUAGUCCCCGGAGACGCGGUGGUUCAAGACAUGGGAUGCUCCAUGCUAUUCCGGAGGAUGAAGAAGAAGUCGAUAAGGAACCUUUGAGGGACAAUGGGGUUCUCAGGCAACGCAAAUUACCGCAUCAUACAGCAGGGGAAGAAGCCGAUGGGUAUGAAUCAGAAGGUAAAGUAGGGCCAAGCUAUUAUUCAGAGGAGAUGUGUUACGAUGAAGAUGGACAGCUUACAUGGUUCAAUGCCGGUGUAAGAGUUGGAGUCGGAAUUGGCCUCGGAAUGUGUCUCGGAAUCGGCAUUGGUGUCGGAUUGCUCAUGCGCUCAUAUCAAGCAACCACACGGAAUUUCAGGAGGCGAUUCUUCUAAGGUUUUUCUCACUUCCCACAUCUUCAAAAAUCGCAAACUAACAUACACUGUACACACUCUGGAUUUUGAAUAUCCAGUAGUAGUCCCUAUAGGGUAAUCCAAUUCCACCUUCAAAUGGAGCUUCUUUGAGAGACAUAUAUAAAGAUAAAUGGAGCUUUUUUUGAUAUAUAUAUAUAUAUACAUAAAGAAGUAGUAGCACGGAAAAGUAAGUUAAUGGGUUUGCUCGAAAUGUUGUUUUUGUAGCUAGGUUUUUUUCACUCUGAGUUUUGUUUUUAAUGUAUAAUCUCCCUGUGGCACCAUAACCCCUUUGUUUUUGCCAAUGACUUUUCAUUUCUUGUAAUAAGUGGAUCUUCUAUGGAAUCUCAAUGAAUAAUGCACAGUGUUUUUGGGGUUGUAUAUGAAUAUAUCUUAGCCAUCUUUAUCAUUGAUCAAGUUGAUGAAUUUCUUUUUGUCACUAAAAUCAAGAAAUCAUGUGAAAUUUUUGAAAAAGUUUAUGCACAUUCUAAUCUAACCCCAUCUUAUCACGAACUCAAGAAAAAGUUGAUGUUAUAGAGGAAUUUUUCUUUGGAUCGAACUUGGAAAAAAUUGGAGAGAAAAUCCAAAAAAGAAUGUUGAUUUUUUGGGGGAAAAAGGAGGCAAGAAGAGGACAGGUAAUUCGUCUCCCUCCACAAACACUCGAAAGAAAGGCAAAAGAACUUUGUUGGAAGUCACUUGUUACGAGUAUGGUGACAACCGACAAAGGUCAUAUCAAGAUGUUUUGCAAGAAUCUCAUGUAGAAUACGAAUCAAGUGAAUAACAAGAAAAUUGAAAUGGAACUUGAGAAUUGAACAUAAGAAUGACACAAGAAAUGUGUGUAGGAAGUGUUACGAUAUAUGAUGAUUAGUAGUAUUAUAUUUGGGACUAUUGAGAAUGUUUGCGGCUAGAAGAAAUUGUGC